AGGAGGAUGAAGAGCAGCACCAUUCCCAGAGGGAGUCCCUCAGCCAGCACAUGGUGAGGGAUGGUGCCCUACUCAGCUGAGGUGGAUGAGCUGGCCCGGAGCUCUGUCCUGCAGAGCUGCUCACCACCACUGCAUCUGCACUGGAUUUCCUGCGGCACAGAGCUGCUCUCAGCUUCCGUGGAUCACACUUGUGCUAUCCCAGCUUGCUGUGGAGGGGAUCACUUCUGUCAGUACUGGGUGAUUACCAUCAACCUGUUUGGUAAAUCUCCUGUUGAAAGACCAGAUAAAUAGAAAUAUGGAGUUAAUCACAAGGAGUGUGACCUCAGAACCAGCCUCUCCACUGAACAGUCCAGGGAAAGAAAAUAUGGAGGUCACUUCUGAACUGAGCAGCUCAGAUGUGCAGAGCAGGGACAGUGGGUUCUUUGAAAGAGGUAUUAAAACAAUGUUAAGCAUCCGGAAAUCAAAACGAAGUCUGAAAAAAGAGAGAGGGAAGGAAGAUACUGGCACUUGGAAUGCAAAAAGACUUCUGCAAACACUCAGGAGCUGCGAGGAGAACAAACCCACAAUCUGUAAUAGCGUGGAGAAGGCUGCUGAAAUAUGUGAGCCCAUUGAAGCAAAACCUCUUUCAGUAAUGGAAAUCAAUGAACUUAUUCAGAAAAGACAACUUUUGGAAGCAUUUGCAAGUAUCAAGUUAAUGGAAGAUGAGACUAUCUCUGAACGGGAUUCUGAGAAAUACAGCGAUAACCCCCAGGAGCUUGUACGGAAAUCCAAGGAUGUGGAUUUGCUUUACAACUCCAUCACAAAUGCAAUCAAGUCCAUAGUGGAGGAAACACUGGAGGAUCCCACUUUACAGCAUACCAUGCUGACCUCCAUAGUGACUUUAAUUGCCCUUGAAGAAGCAGCUCACUCCAGCACAGACAAUGCUGCUCGUCCUGGGUCAGAUUUGCUUGGGAGGCCCAGAAAGUGGAGGGAGCAAUGGAGGGAAGCUGUCAAUGAGAGUGCAAGAAAAAGAGUCCUGAAAGCACCCAUGGCAUCAAGGGAAGAAGCAACUUCUUGGCUUGAUCUCCACUUACAUUUCCUCCAGGAACACCUGAGGGAAGAUUUACUGAAAAUCAAGUCAUCAGUAAAAAAAUGCUAUCCAGAGGAGUACCAGGUGUGUGACACAUAUGUGGAAGCUUUUCACAAUGCCAUUGCCUCACAUUUGCAAGAACUCUCCCAGGGACCACUGGACUUCCACGAGCUCUACACCUUGCUUGACUGGGUGGCCAACACCUACCAGAGUGAACUCUUUCUGGGUCAUCCUGAGCUCAAACCAGAGGUUAAGACAGAAAAUCUGUCCUUGCUGUUAACACCAGCCGAUUGGGAUAAACUGAAAAACGACUACAUUGCUUCUGCAAAGGGGAAAAUCAAAAGUUAUUUUGGAAACAUCCUGAGCCUAGAGGUCACGGAGAAGUGGGAGAAGGAAGUUCAUUUAGAAGAGAAGGAAAACCUCUACCACGCCUCACUCUCUCUUGAUAUUCAAACGAUCAUCGGGCAGCACGUGAAGGUGUCUGGAGCUAUCAGCAGAAGCCUGGAAACAAAAAUGCUUGAGUUGUGCAUGGCAGAGCUCCUUGAAUUCAUACCAAGGUUUGAGCAAGAGUUCAUGGCGUGGAGCACUGUCCAGGACAGCCCCAUCUUUGUGCCCUAUCUUGUUGCCUACAUCAACAGCUUCCAUGACCUGGUGUCAGGGCUGGAAACAGCGUUUACAGUCAAUACUGAGGAACUGCAGAAGAUUUUGGCAGCUCUGACAAGGAACUUCACAAAUAUUUUUUUAACAAAAUUAAGAACAAAAACACAGCCACUCCUUAAGAAAAUCCUGACCAAGAACUGGAUUUUGGCGACGGAAAGGCCGGACUCUCUGGCACUGGCAGUCUCACAGUUCUCCGAACACCUGCAGCACAUGAGGGAGCCCCUGGGACAGGAGCUUCUACAUGAAGUUCAUAAAUAUGUGGUGAAGGAAUAUGUCACACAGAUCAUCAAACCCAGAUGGAAAAUGAACAGGGAGACACGUCAGCAAGUGAGCAGAAAGAUGAGCCUGGAAGCUGCAAUCAUUCACAGUGCACUCAUUGAUCAGGGCUCUGACGCUGACUGGCUCCUCCCUGUCAUAGAUCACAUUGCCAAUAUCAUUGGGGAGAAGAAAAAAGACAAGAUGAAGGCAUAUGUCAAGGAGCUGUGCCGGGACUAUCCAGAUAUCAGGAAGGAGCACGUCCUGGCCAUCCUGGCGCUCCGGGGGCUGGGGCGCGCCAGCAGAGCAGCGAUCUUUCAGCAAGUGCGCCAUGCACAGGAGAGCUCCGAUGGAGGGAAGGGCGGCACACUCUUCGCUGAAAUUGAUGUUCCAGUAAUCUGCAGCUGCUUCUAACACAGGACCAAAGUCAGCAUCCUGCCUCCUCCUACACUGCCUCUACACAUGAUCCAAAAUCUGCUAGCCCACCUUGCUCCUCUGCAAACCCAAAUUUUUGACUGCUGUGGAGAAAGAAGUAGUUUCCUGAACUUGCUACCCCAAAUUCAGAACCCAAAGACAACAAAUGCACCAAGACACCAACCUCCUGUAAGAGUUCCUGGGCAGCAGCUCCAGCCCAGGCAUGGUGUCCACCUCACGUUCCAUAUGGAUUCUAUUGCUAGGAGGCUGCUCCACUGUUUGGUACAAGAUUAAAUAUAUUUUCAAAGAACAGCAGAAAACCAAAAGCAAUUCACUCAGAGCUAUAUUAAGGCCUCAGCUCUAUAUUAAGGCUUGGACUGUGCUCUGCGUAAUUAUACAGCAGCAGAGCAAGAGCCUCCCUCAUAAUUAGUGCCCAUGAGCGACCAAGCGCAGAGCUUGGGCAGGGAUGCGGAUAAAACCAAAGUUUUAAUUCCUCCCCCACAAACCAACUGGAUGAACUGGCAUGACACAAGGUCAUGACGUUGUGACCUGAGGCCAGAAACCACAACCUGCUUGGGGAGGAAAACACUGGGUAACCAAACCCCAUGGCCAGGACAUGCAGCACAUGGAACGCUCUCCCCUCAAGGGUGGCCCCCAUGGCCCCUCUGGCCUUUCAUCAGAUUUUCCUCAGUCAAGGGCUGCCUUGCAAAACUCCUGUUGGACUGAAGAUGUUCAUGCCAUCACAUCUCCACGUGUACAGACGCGUCUGGAUUGAAUAUGCCAUGUGCAGGGAGGUCCAAGUUCUCCUUGACUUGGGGGAAGUGCCACCAUGCUCUAGUCCAUUUUCUUGUGUGUUUAAAUGCAUUUUAAGAAAUCUGUUACAGUCUGACUGCGGUACGAAACCAAAUGUGAAGUGGACAGACAGUGGUACAGAUGAGAUCCUCAUCUGGUGUAAACCAGCAUCAUCCCAUUGAUUGGCAUGGAUCACCACAGGGUUAACUCCAAGAAGGAUCCAAAGCAUUAUAUCCAGCAUCUGCAGGGGAGACUGAAAGAAGCAUUCAGCAGCCUAAAGCUGUAGAAAUCUGAUUUUAUUUAAUUCAAUUUAUCCUUUAAGUUGCCCUCCACAGGAUUUAAUCUAAACUUUACAGAGAUGUGUUUAUGACCUACUAAAAUGAUAAAUUUGGACAUGGCAUAGCCUUGAACACUACUUUUUCUGGCAGUGGAGCUUACGGCAUCAGCAGUGAGUCUCUCUUGUUUCCUUAGCUUUGGGUUGCACCAGAAUAAAUUUCUGGGUGAGCAGCAGGUGACAGGCCAAGGGAAAAGUUCUGAUGGAUAAAGAAGCACAGAGUGCACCUUUAAUUCACAAUUAUCAUAUGAAAAUUUUUCUAAGGAAGACUUGUUACCUCCACAGUCAAGAUAAGGUGUUUUUCUAAAGAUGGCUUUGAAAUAUCAGCUAUAAAUUGAGAGCCUGAAGCAGGAAAUCCUGGGCAGAAUUUCUACACUGCAUCAUUUUUAAAUACAACUCAUAACAAUUCCCACAAACCCUCAGCUUGGUGACUCCCUGUAUUUGCUAUGGAGAAGGAGAAGUAAAAUAUCAUCUGAGUCUCCCAUUAGGUGUGCAGAACACAUGAACACUUCGGAGCUCCCCUCCCUUGUCCUGGGGACAUGGUGCAAGCAGGGAGCUCUGUGAUUACACUGCCCCCCCCCCCCCAUGGGCCUGUGAUCUACAUUCCCCCUCCCAGCAGCAGAGAAGGGCAUCAGUGCUGAGAGACUCACAUUUAUUGUUAGAAGGAUUGACUGAGUGGGAGAGAUACAAAGAGGAUUUCAACUUUUGCCAGCUAGGUCUGAGACUUCUAAAACUGCACUCCUGGAGUGCGGGAUUUGAGGCACUAAAGCCUCAGCAAGAGAUUUUGUGCAUAAGAAAUUUCCCUCUACCGCAUAUACAUCUCUCAUCCGAGCACCUCACACAAGGCAGCUGUGGCAUUUUCCCAAGUGCAUUAUUUAAAUGUAUACUGAGGUUUUCAAUCUCAUUAUUUUACUGCCUUUCCUCAGACCCCAGCAACUGCCUUUCCUCGGGCCCCAGCUGCCUGUCCCUGGGUUUAGAUAAGGCACUUGGUUUCCGUUUUCUAAUAAAAGCAAACUUGCUUCAGCUCCCCUGAAGUCAUGGAGGAAAGCUGGGCACAAUGGUCUGCCUUUUGUCACAGCCUCUCCUGGGACACUCAGAUCCUGCAGCCUGGCAUCCUGUGAGUGAGUGGCAGGCGCACAGCCAGCUUCCUCUGGGAGCUCCUGCUCUCUCUGGCUGCUUGCUCUUGAGCAAACCAGUUUAAGGUUAACCCCAUUAUGGCAAGGCCAUGGUUCAGCCCUGCCCCAACAGCUGUGCAAGUGGAGAGGGGGCUCCAGGGUAGGUGAGGAGCAAGGGUGCCUGUGGGCAGGAGGAUGCUCGGUCUGGGCUGCAGAGCACACCCUGGAGCCAGCUGAGCAAGGAAAAAGGAAGGGAUGUGCUUUCCAAAAUGAGGUGCUGCUGUCCAGCUGUCUUCUGUGGAAGACCAGGUGUUCAUUACAGCCAUAUUUCACAUCCCAAAAAAAGAGAAGAAAGGCCUCCCAGGGCUUUUAAAUGUGGAAUAUGUGGCUCUUGUAGGAAAGUGCCAAGAAGCUCAAUUAUUACCCCAUUAAUUCCUUCUGAUUGUUGUUUCUCUGUGAAGAAAAACACCAUGAUCCCCAUUCCUAUUCCAGCACAGAGUUACAUUCCCUCCAGGACACACUUCUCACUUUUACCCCAAAUGGCCCAAGCUAUAAUGUGCAGAUGCAUCUCUGGUGAAUAAUGCUGUCUCAAAAGCAUCAAACUAAAUGAAAAAGCCAAACUCUCUCCAGACUUAGCUUCUCAGGAGUGAAUGUUGCAUCUGUGGGGAGGGGGAGGGAGGCAGAUUUGGUACAGCUGACAGCGCUGUGUGGGUGGUGAAAGAUGUUUUCUUUGUUUCAGAGGUCCCUGAUAUUUCACAAUACUGUUUGUUUCUGGUUUGGGGCGAAAAGCAAAGGUCAGUGACAGCAGUCAGGGUGCAUGAGCUGGCAUCUACGAUCUGAGACCAGCCAUCGGGUGCCACCAUUUCACCUAUUUUGCUCUGUGAAGUUGUUCUUUCCUGGAAGGAAAAUGUGGAAAAGAGACUUGAAGCAAGAAAGGAAGAGUACCAAGACAUUUCCCAGGAGGCUGUCCCUCAGCUGGAGAUCAUAAUCAAUCAGUCAAAAUAUUCCUGAAAAGAGCCUUUUAGUGCAGUGGCACUAUAACAUCUAGCUCCCUGUCAUGUGGUAUCUUUCAGAAAUUAUCUCUCAGUUGGUUUAAAAUAUUAAGGAUGAUCAGUAAGAAGAGGAAUGAUGUAUUGCAUCCACUUUACAGGCAGGUUGAUGUGGCCUGACACCACCCCAGCAUACACAGCUGGGAUGACAAGAGGUGCCAGGGCAUUAUUAUCUCAGGGAUGACUGAAAAGUAAAGUUAUAUUAGUUUUAGGCUUCACUGCUUUAGUAGUUAUAUAUCACUCUUCUCCCAAGCACUGGUGUUUAGCAAACAUUUAUCUUCUGUAUUUUGCAUCUUUCUCCAUGAAAUCUUGUUUUGAUUGGAUUUGCUGCCUCAAAGCCAGUCAUUUUGGUUCUUUGGUACUGGGCAGAUACAGGAAUGCUCUGCUCAGCAUCACUGUGCAUUUCCAUUCCUUGAGGACAAUUUUAUGUAAUAUUGCUAAAGACACCAUGAAAUUACUACUGGGAUUGACCCACCUCCCCCAUAAAACCUGAGCAAGAGAGCAGUCAGGUUGCUGGAGCAUUGACUUAAACUAUUUGCUAUCACUGUUACAGCAAAAAGACAGUACUGGGAAAAGGUGAAGGCUGAUGUACAUUAAUGAGUAGAAAAAGUGGAUUAACUUUUAAAAAACUACUAAAACAUUCUCUAGUCCCAGCUUGAGGACACUGAGCACAUGAACUUUGCCUGCCUGCCUUCAUCCCUAUGACACAGAGCACUGCAAACAGCCUCUAACUUUUCCAGUGUAGUACUCUCAAUUUGUAUUUGUAACUUCAUACAUCAUUAGAAUACAUUUUCCCAGAAAAGAAUAUGUAAGGCAGAGAAAACUCUGGAAAAAAGACUGUUGUAGUAUUUCUGCCAUCUUCAUACUACCUGAAAGUCUUGAAUUGUCAGUGUAAGGCUUUCCUGCAAGCUGCACAGAGAUUGUAGCUCUUUCUAAAUGAGGCAGAAAGAGUGAAUGGCAGAUUAAAGGUGAGCAUCUAAGUCCCAAGGCAUUUGACCAGGCAUAGUUUAUGUUUGGCCAGGCAUGAAAUUGUGCUUGGCAGCACGAGUAGGCCCAUUGCCCGAGCUCCAUAAUGAGUGUGGCACUGGAGACAUGCCAUGGCUUCACUAGGGGAUGCAGGAUUAUGCCUCAGUUCCCAGGACUGUGGGGAGACUGGCAUCAGGCGAGCCAGAACUGCUUUUGUGUGAACAGUGCAGAAGUGCAGAAAAAAGCAAAUCAAGCCAGAAGGCAGAAAGGAGGCUGCACUCAACCCCGGGGAAGGGGAUGGCAAACUGCAGCUGGGAAAGAGAGGCUGAGACUCAGAAGAAAGCCCAGAAAACGGGAAUUAUUUCACAGAGAACGAGGGCUUUGCUUAUUAUUGGUUAGUGCAGAGCAGUGGCCUUCAACUUUUUUCUGUCUAUGGACUAAGGAAGUAUUUCCAGGGGAGGCACAAAACACAGAUGUGAUAAUUGUCUUCCAGUUGGUUAAAAGUGGCUGCAAAAGGGAAGGAAUGUGCUCCUCUCCAUUUUCUGUGGGAGUCAGCAUAGAGAAGCUUCUAGCAAAGUAAGUAAAUCCAAGUUAGCAGCAAAACCACCACUACUGCUGGCAGGGCUGGACUGCUGAGGACAGCAUGUCAUCCCUACCACCAGGGGCUUUUACAGAAUCACAGAAUGGUUAGAAUUGGAAGGAAUGCCAAAGAUCAACUCAUUCCAACCCACCUGCCUUGAAUGGGGACAUUUCCACGAGACCAGGUGGCUCAUAUCCAACAGCACUUCCUGGUGAAGCACAUAAUGGAUAAUCCCAGAACUGAAAUGAAGGGAAAAUCAAACUAAUCACGGAAGUCUGGCACCUUGAGUAAGGCACAAAGUGCUGAUGAUCAUUUCCUGAGUGAGGGAACUCAACUUUUCAAUACUUUUUUCCAAAACUUGGGGGAAAAAUAUUUCCUGAAAGAACUGUGCUAUGAAUAGAAGCUCAUUGAGUGGGUAAGAGGCAAUCAUGGAAUUAAUCAUCAGGGAUUCAUGAGGCAGCACAAGGCCAAAAGUCUGGUGGCUUUUGUCUCCAAAAGCACGUCAUGCACUCGUGGACCGUCAUCUUCUCCUCAUAGCCCCAGCUAGAGUGCAGGAAUGAAUUGCUCAUGCUUUCAUCUUGAGAGCUCUUUAAACAAAAGGGCCUUGAGCCUCCAAAGCACCAGCAAAAGUGCUCAGUGCCUCUUUCCCUCAGUGAUCUCAAGGCUGAAUCCACCCUGUGCCUUGCUAAGCAGCUGUUAGUCACCCUCUGAAAGAAAGACCAUUCCGGGGAUGAUGGGAGCGCUGUCUGCGAGCAGAUGUGGAGAGAAACAACAGCCCAAAGGCCAGGCUGGAUUUGUCUGUGGUAAGAUGUUCUCCCAGCAAGCUCAGGAAGGAGCUGUUAUUUGGAAGCACCACAUGGAAUUCCACAUGUGACAUUUCAGCACUGCCUGCAGGACGGAGGCUGAACCUGUACGCACAAUUUCCUCUGCUUUUGGCCCUGACCCUUGGGUCUGGGAUUUCUCAUUUCCACCAAAAUGCCUUUUGCAAGUGAUUAAAUACUAAGACAGGUCAA